AUGUAUCAGCUGUUGAUCUUUGCGUUCCAAUCAAUCUUGGCUCUGACAAGUAAUGAGACGGGAAUACCCUGCAACCCCAGUAGAUAUGAGGAGGAGAUAAAGAGAGAUCAAAAGGACAAGGCUUCGAAACUCAGCGAGAGCUUCGCUGGCUAUAAGGAUACAAUUGGAUCAUUAUUUAUCGGCAGGCCUGGAAGCAGUGAUUACGGAUUCGUUAAUGUGAGCGAACCUUAUCAGGAUUUGAUUGAAGGCGCAAUGACAGAUAUCACCCUAUACCGGAAAUACGACUCUGCGAUAGAAUGGACUGCAUUCAAUGUCGCCUCCAAUUAUACGAGAGAAUAUAUCUACGAAUAUCUAAAAUAUUGGAAAAAAGUGGAAGAAGAGUAUAAGAAUCUACUUACAAGUGAGGAUGAAAAAGCAAAAAACAAGGCUGCCGAAGAACGGCGGCAUGAGAAUAUAGAAAAGAAUGUGACAAAACUCCUGGAAGGCAGAUACCCUUCAUUCAUGUUUACAGUUGUAACGAUUCAUGAUACAGUUGGAGAUGCCUUCCUAACAUUGGCUCGAAACCUUACUAAAGAACAGGUGCAAGUCAGUCAGGAACUACGCGACUCGGCUGGGUACGGAUGCAGUUUGGCGCGAUUUAUCACCAAAGAAAACGAUUUCAAUAGAUUGGCAGUAUUACUUGGAUGCGUGCCCCGCAAUGUCACAUGCACUUUGGUGAAUAUAACGGAUAACAACGGCACGAAAACGGGUGAAUUGGAAUCUUGGUGGUACGAAAAUACAGUGUCCCCAAAAAUUGAGCGAUCUUAG